CCUUCUAAAGGAAAACAUUACACUUUCAGCUCCCUGCAAAAACCUUUCCCUUUAUUCAUAACAUAGCAUGGCUUUUAACAAUUACUAUUACCAUCAUAACAUGCCAAACGACCCCGACGAUUACUCCACACAAGCCACUCAGCCCUUCCCCUUCCACCUUUCCAUCCUGCUCUUUAUACUCUUCAUGUCCAUCGGCUUCUCAUGGUACGUAAACUAUGAGUCGGCCAUCGAAAGGGCAGUCGACCAGCUCCGACUAACAAUUGUGGUGCUUCCGCUCGUGCUUCUCUUGGCUGUCCACUGGCUAUCAGAUGCUGGCGAUCGAAGGUGGGUACCUUUCACGUUGUGGCUACCGGAGAGGGAUUCGUUCCACAGGGCCAGCGGUUCAGCAUGGGGCAUUGGCCUUCUGCUGGUGGUUCUCCUGUUCAUGAUCUCCCACCAGUCAUACUUCCAUGACUCUUGGUUUCCGCUCUUUAGGCGAUGAUGCCGUGCGUGACAGGUCAUGAUUGGAGGAAUGGUUUGAAUAUCCUGAAGUGGUUUAAGUAUUUAGUUUGUAAAUAUAGGGGCAUAAGGAAUAUAACUACAAGCUGCUGAAUAUUCAGCGAUCUGUGCUGUACUUCAACAAGCAUGAUCAAUGGGUGAGGUGGUAGAAUAGUUGUAAACAAUAAUUCUCAAAACAUAAGAGCAGAAAACUUUAUAAUC